AUGGAAGUUGAUGGUGAUAAUUGGAACGUGAAUCCUUCGGAUGGGACUAAAUUUGCACAUUUAAAGGCUUUUGUGAAUGCGACAAGGGAGUUCGAAGCUACACAUAGUGAAACUGCCAUAAACUUAUUAACAAGAUACUUAGGCCUUAUAGCAUCAUCUUGUGACCUAUCAAUAUUCUCACCUGGUAGAUCAGAGGUGUGUGCCUUCUUCAAUUCACUAUGGAGAGCGAUGUCAGAUGCUAGAGGUCCACAUUGGGCUGGUGUUGCAGUUCUGGCAAGAGCAUGUAUGGAACCCAGUGCAAGAUAUGCACUCACCCAUACAUACAAGUUUAUGCCUAUCCUUGCAAGACUUCUCUCUGACACAGUAUCAAAUGACAAGAAAAUAAAAUUACUAUCUGUAAUGCAGGACAUUUCAUAUGGAAUAAAAAUUAAUUGGCAAGAGUCAUAUUUAGCUGAAUUAAUGAAGACGUUAACAAGUUGGAUAGUGCAACCGAUGCUUGAGCCACAGCAUAGAACAAUUGGUCAUAAGUCUCUUACUGUGCUGAUAAAUCUGUGCUAUGGAAAUUUACCCGCAAUAUAUGCUUUAAUGAGGACUGUGGAUACAAAGGAGUUUGUUGUUCACUUAAUAAGCUUAAAGGAUGGUGGUUAUGGUGGCGUCGAAGUAUGUAGACUAUUACUUUGCCUGUCAAGUGCCACUCGUAGUGCAUCUACCACACGCCAAGCAGAUGUGCAUAGUUACUUGUGUUGUACGAUGAAGACAUUCAAUAAGGCCAUUGUGGAAAGUGACGAAACUCAACUACUCCACGCGUAUACGUUUAUCAACGAUUUAUGUUCAGAUGAGAAUCUACGUAACUACGUACUCACGUACCCACAUUUUAAUAAUUCACUCAAGGAUGCAUUGAAGGAUGCUGAUAGUCUCUGCAAGGUGAAUCAAGGGGAUACAAUGGAGCCCGAAAGUACCGCAGGGUGUUUGCAAAAUGUUCUCAAAUUUCUUACUGUUCUAGUCAGUUUGGAUCUAUAUUCCCUGCGGAGUCAUCACAUUGAUGUUGUAUGUCUGUGUAUGAAAGCGAGUCGCGUGUGUCUGGCUGAAUCCUUGGAGUUGUUCGCUGCCAUCAUCACACAGUAUCGAGAGGAAGGUAGACUGCCGAAGGAACUAAUAUCGGUGCUAAGUGAUGGGUUGCCGGCUUUAUUGGUGCCACCAUCUAUGGAACCGGGCAAAGCUGGCUUGCAAUGGAAUGGUCCAGUGGGGAGUGAAGUGUCCCAACAAGCCGUGAUAGUGUCGUGUCGUACUGGGUUGAGUUUAGCGCCUUUGGAUCGAAAUUGGGAGGCUGCACUCAAUAGGAUGCUGGCCCAUCACCAGGUUCGAAAAUUGUUGUGUUCCGGUCUAUCUGGCAAUAACGCGUCUCGCAGGAGACAGAUCUUGCAGUUGAUCAAACAUCACUACUUCCCCUCAGACCAAAUGAAUCAGGUAUUUGGUGAAAAUGUGAAUAGUGUAUCAGACUUAAGCGUGGAGAGUUUAUCGCCUCGAGUGGACAUGGAAAGUGAGAUGGUGACUUUUGGUCCUUCGCAACAGACUGCUGUGGAUGACCUCGUCACUAGACUUAAUAAGGAAUUGGAUUCGGGGAGAAUCACAAAUAUUGCUACGUCGAGUGUAAUGGAGUUGUACGGGUACAAGAUCACGUGCUUGGAGCAAAGGCUGCAUUCGCAUUCCGUGGCUCUACAGGGUGCCACAGAUCAUAUGGCGUCGUUGCAGCACGCGCUCGCAUUACUUCAAGCAACAAACAGCACGCAACAAGACGUUCUUUAUACCACACAGAUGCAGACUGAGAGACAUAAAAAGACAAUAGAGGAAUUACAUAAACAAUUAGAGGAUGCGGAAACAACGCUGCGUGGUUUCCGAGCGAAGUUAGCCGCAGAACGGCUUGAUAAGGAUAAACAGAGGGAGAACGCGCAAAAGGAAUUCAGACAACAAUUAACUAAUAUCGAAAACGAAAUGAAAGCCCGUGAGCGCGAGUCCGAGGAGAGGUUCAAGCAAGCGGAGAUAGAGUAUAAAGCACUUCAAAAGAAACUUGAACAACAGACCAGCAAAAACAGUGAAUUAGCUGGUGUACUCAUAAAGUUUGAAGAGCGAGUGAAGCAACGGGACAAGAAACUCGAAGAGGCGGCGAACGGAGAGAACUCUUUAAGAAGGGAGAUCGAGAUGCGGGACAACAUGAUAAAGCAACUAGAGAAGACAGUGGUAGAGAGAGAGAACAGACUGUACCAAGUGACGAAUCAGUUGGAAGAGAUGAAGCGAGUGCAAGAGAUGGUCGCCAAACUCAUGACCAAGAGUUCUUCUAAUGUUUCCACGUGA